AUGCUCCCCCUGGAGCUUCUCCUCGUGUCUGAUCAAGCCAUCACCGCACAGAGACAGAUUCGGAGCCCGCUUGCGCGCAAUCUCUCCCACAUCCGCGCAGGUUCACCGAGACCUGUUCGCGUUCGGUAUGCUGCGACUCAUGCCUCUGUCCAGAGUUCCUCCCCGGCUUCCGAACCUCUUUCAUUCUCUACUGCAGAGAUCGCCGAGAUAUACGCUGCGACGAGACACUCUCGGCCAAGGGGUUCGUUGUCGGGCCGCUGGCGGUCAAGCGAACUGACACGGACGACGGACCCAGUGGCCUUAGCUCAUGAUGCACCAUGGCUUCAAGUUGACCCUGAGGAUCCCAGUCUCCCCCAGGAACUUUCAGAAGUACUCGUCUCCCAAUCUCAUACCGUGUCCCCGAGCCGUUUGCGAUGGGAUUGGCGUCAACGAGCCUUAUCAAAGAAGUUACAAGCGCCUGGAACAACCACCUCACCCUCCUCCUCCUUAUCAACUCCCCGGACAAUUCGCCACCCCAUUCGCAUCAAGCCGCCAGCAAGCCGCCUGCACCCCGCGGAUUCCUUCUUCUCCGAAACUUCCGCGUAUGAGGAAAGAUUCCUACCUCUGCUCACCGCCGAAGAAGCGGAAGAGAACGCUGUGGUGAAUGAGCGCUUGGCAUCGUGGGGACUCGACCGGCUGCGCGACGAGGGUUAUUGUCUAACGGGUUUGAGUGCAUACUGGCUGAAUGCGACGCAGUUUGGGCGCCCCGUAGCAAGUUUCUCCGCAGGCCCUGGUGUGGAACUCCCGGAACACAAGUUUGAUAAUGGCACUACCGUAUUGCUCUCUCGUUUGGAUCCGCUCCAGGAGAAGCCCAGCAGAGGAAGCGUGGUUAGCCGGACGCCGACGCAGCUCCACGUUGCGUUUGAGGAGCGCUUGGAUAUUGAAGAAGGCGUUUGGAGGUUGGACAUAGGCCGCUCGAAUAUCAUCUUCGACCGCAUGCGUGAUGCGAUCUCAAACUUGCAGCUGGACCCUUCACAGCAGUUGGAGCGUCCCAAUCUCAGCCCCUUCAUAUCGACUCCGCCGCCUUCCUUCUUCGAAGGCACGUCGCGUCGGCGGGAGACGAUCCUUCAGGGCACAUACCUGCGCGAUAUCCUCUUACGCUCAUUUUCGCCCGCUCCGGGAGUGCAUCAUGACCCACAGCCACUACAGGACCCGGACGAUGUGGCGUAUCCACCGCACGGGCACUUACGCGUCGAUGACGUUCCCAUCGCAGCAGAGCUUGGGACAGAAGUCGUGGAUGAGAACGCACUGAAUCAUCCAUCGCAUACUGCGGUCUCGCACGCGCAGUCGGCAAUGCAAUUGAGGGGCGCGUUCGUCGAAGACCAGUUGAUUCAGUCUUGGGCGAGAAGGUAUAUGCGACCCAAUCCGGUGCGCAUAGAGGGGGACCCGGUUCUGCCGCUGAACGAGAGUCAGACGCGCGCGGUGGCUAUGAUGGUCGGCGAACGCGUCAGUUUGGUGCAAGGGCCUCCGGGAACAGGGAAGACGAAGACUAUCAUCGAGGCUGUCAAGCUCCUCAAACGUCAUUUUGCCGUACCGCACCCUAUUUUGGUUUGCACCUUCACGAACGUCGCCGUGGACAACCUCGUCGAGGGUUUAGCCCCCUCGCUAUCGCCGUUACGAGUGGGAUAUGGUGGCAAGGUCAAGCCCUCCUUAUACCCGCAUACACUGGACGCGAAGCUGGAGCAACACGAACUGUACUCAGAAGUCCUGAAGCUCGAGCGACAAGAGGAGGCGCUGGAAAAGCGCGUCGUCAGUCUACGCAUGUCGUCAACCAAGGCGGCAGAGAAGCUGAGCAUCAUGCCCUUGGAUGCGGAGCACGAUCGGAAGAGGGCGAAUGCCACGAAGAGGCGGGACAGGCUGGACCAAGAGGUGACCCAGUGUGGGACUUCGCUGGGGAAUAUCAGGAAGAGGAUAUAUGCGUUUAAGCAGCAGAUGUUGUCGGAUGUCGUACAUGCUGCCGACGUGGUGUGCACGACGUGCAUUACAUCUGCGUGCACGGCACUGAACGUCAUCGACUUUCCCGUCGUCUUCCUCGACGAAGCCUCCAUGUCGACAGAACCAGCGUCACUCAUCCCGUUGAUGAAAGGGUCGCAGCAUAUGACGCUUAUCGGUGACCACAAACAACUGCCGCCGGUGAUCACGAGUCGCGAAGCGAUCGCCGGCGGGCUGGGCAUCAGUCUCUUCGAGCGACUCACGGAAGAAGGGGUGGUUCCAUCGAUCAUGCUCGACCUUCAGUACCGUAUGCACCCACAAAUCUCCAAGUUUCCCUCUGCCGAGUUUUAUAACUUUGCGCUCCGAGACGGCAUGCUGGAUUCGAGCGGAGGCGUUCCCGCGCAGCUUCGCCCACCUACUUCCGCCCAUCUUCAGAUGAACCCGCAGACCGGCGACCGUCCGAGCGUUAUCUUCUUAGAUCAUCAGGGCCUUGAGUCGCCGAAGGAUCGGAGCAAGGUCAACUACACGGACGCCGACAUCGUGUGCAGCGUCAUCGAGGAUUUGCUGAUUCAGAACCCGGAUCUGCGGGGAGAGGAUAUUGGCGUUAUCGCGCCUUACGUGGCGCAGAUCCGGCUGUUAACGCGGCUGCUGACGACGGACGCCAAGUCACAGGCACGCUUCCAGGCCGCGCUCGGAGACCAGCGGGCGAUGCAGCUCCCACAGAUCGACAUCAAGACGGUCGACGGCUUCGAAGGGCGGGAGAAAGACGUCAUCAUCUUCUCGACCGUGCGCUCCAAUUCCUCUGGGCACGUCGGCUUCCUCGCGGACCGGAGGAGGCUCAACGUCGGCCUGACGCGCGCGAAACGGGGCCUGUUCGUGGUGGGAAACCUGAACACGCUCAAGACAGGCCGAGUUGGCGGCGUUGAUGGCAUGAAUGAUCCCAAGACUCGGAGGAGCAAGGGCGCCGAAGCGUGGCAGAGGUAUGCCGAGUAUCUCCAGGAGGGCGGGCUGGUGGUGCGGCUGACCGGCGAGAGAUUGAGGCGAACGCUGUACGGCAGCCUGGGCGGCGUGACUGUCGCAGAUCCACGGAAAUUGACAAACUAGGUUUGCCCGUCGAGCGGAGCGCUGAGGGGCGUGUCGUUGCGGAUCGUAUUUAUUCGUCAUAUAUUAGCUUGCUGACUUUGCCGUCGUUCCAUUCUUUUUUUUUCUGCAUGCUGUAUCGUAGAGGCUCUACCCGAGCGUAAUUGCAAACAAGCUUGGUUU